AUGACCUCAACGGUACGAUAUGCUACAUCUCGUCCUUCGCCGACAAGCACUACAAACUACGCCCAACCAUCAGAGAGCUUGACAUCCCUCGUCAGUUCCGUAUCCUAUACGACUUGGGGUAAAUGGAAUCCCUCCGCAAAUGUAUCUGCAACAGAUACAGCAGACCCAUACGGAAAUGCUGCUUGGACGGAGUUGUGGAGGAUGGCCAACCCACCCAAUUUCACUCAGGAGGCUGCAAGCGCUCUUUACAGUACUACUGUCGAACCGACUUCGGUACCGACCGAAGAGUUGGUCUUGCCUCCAAGAGAUUACUUCGGUCCAACCGACUGCUACAACUUCCCUCCUGGUUUUGAGUUUGGUGUUGCAAGUUCUGCCAGCCAAAUCGAGGGAGCUACGGCAGAAGAGGGAAAAGCUCCUUCCCUGAUGGACAUCUUGAUUCAAAACGACCGACCAAAAGAUUAUGUCACCAACGAACAUUACUACAACUACAUGCAAGACAUCGAACGCGUUGCUGCCAUGGGUGUCAAGUACUUCUCUUUCAGCAUUCCUUGGACCAGAAUACUGCCUUUUGCAUUGCCUGGUACCCCGAUCAAUCAACAGGCCAUUCAGCACUACGACGAUGUGAUCAACUAUAUUAUAGAGAAGGGCAUGCAACCGGAGGUUACGCUGUUGCACUUUGAUACCCCGCUGCAGUUCUAUGGCUCGAUUUCCAAUGUCACUGCUGUCCUCUCGGAUGCUGAAAUUGGCUCGACCAACGGCGGAUACCAAAACGAGACCUUCCCAGACUCCUAUGUCAACUACGCCAAGAUUGUUAUGACGCACUAUGCUGACCGCGUACCGGUGUGGUAUACAUUCAACGAGCCUCUGCUCUACUCCUCAAAUGGCAAGGCGAUUGAUCACGUUAUUAAAUCGCACGCUCGUGUUUAUCAUUUCUAUAAGGAAGAGCUCAAAGGUACAGGCAAGAUUGCUCUCAAGUUCAACAACAACUUUGGCGUACCUCGCGACCCAAAGAGCGAAGCCGAUGUGUACGCUGCAGAUCACUUCAACUCAUUCCAGCUGGGACCUUUUUGUAACCCUAUUUUCCUCGGCCAAGAUUAUCCCGAGUCUUACAAGAUGACCAUUGCCGAUUAUGUACCUUUGAGCCAACAAGAUCUCGACUACAUCAAUGGCACCGCAGACUUCCUUGGUAUUGAUCCUUACACAGCUACUGUCAUUGCACCUCCAGAGCCCGGUUCCAUUGAUAGCAUCCGAUCGUGCGCCAGCAACUCAUCAGCAGAACUACGCCCCUAUUGCGUCAAUCAAACCACCACAGAUAUCUUCGGCUGGAACAUUGGCUACCGCUCCCAAUCCUAUGUCUACAUCACACCCACCUAUCUACGCCUCUACCUAAACUACCUCCACAACACCUUCCGCACCCCCAUCGUCCUCACCGAAUUCGGCUUUCCCGUCUUCGGCGAAGCCAACAAGCAAGACCUCUCCGACCAACUCUUUGAUUCUCCACGCAGCAUCUAUUACCUUAGCUUCAUGUCUGAAGUUCUCAAGGCCAUUUGGGAAGACGGCGUUCAAGUUUUGGGGGCGUUUGCGUGGAGUUUUGCUGAUAAUUGGGAGUUUGGCGAUUAUGAUCAGCAUUUUGGGAUUCAAACUGUCAAUCGCACGACUCAGGAGAGGAACUACAAGAAGAGUUUCUUUGACCUGGUAGACUUCAUGAAGGCUAGGGGGUAG